AUGGAUACAUUCGGGUCGUCAUUCAAUAAAGCCGUGAGCGGCAGCAAGUCGGAGUUCCCUUGGAGCAAGACCAACCUCCCCAAGCAGCUGUACAUCCACAAUCAAUAUGUCGACUCCAAAAACAGAAAGAAGCUGGAGCUCUUCAACCCCAAUGACGAAUCUCCCGUGGCUGACGACAUUCCUCUCGGCGGACAAGAGGACGUCGAUGCCGCCGUGGCGGCAGCAGAAGCCGCCUUUCCCAAGUGGAAAAAGACGCUUCCGACUGUGAGGCGAGACAUGCUGAACAAGCUAGCCGAUUUGGUCGAGCAGCACGGUCAGGUCCUGGCGGACCUCAACCGCCUCACUCUGGGAGCGCCAUGGGCAACGUUUGGGAGCUUGGAGAUGAAGAUGGCCAGUGAGAGUCUGAGGUACUUUGCGGGCUGGACGGAUAAGUUCCCCGGCGAGACGUAUCCUCAGGAAGAUGGUGAGGCUGGUCCCGCGCUUGCAAUGGGCAACUGCUUCAUCCUGAAGCCAUCGGAGAAGACACCGCUUGCAGCUUUGGCCUUCGGUACCCUCAUCGAACAGGCCGGGUUCCCACCAGGCGUAUUCCAGAUCGUCUCUGGCGAUGGAAGCACAGGUGCGCUAUUAGCCAGCCACAUGAAGGUGCGCAAGGUCAGCUUCACAGGCUCGACGAACACGGGCCGCAAGAUCCAGGAGAUGGCGGCCAAGAGCAACAUGAAGCGGGUGACGCUCGAGCUUGGCGGAAAAUCGCCCGCAGUCGUGUUCAAGGACUGUAACCUCGAGAACGCAAUCACCUGGUGCGCGAAUGCCAUCACGGCGAAUACGGGACAGGUGUGCGUCGCUGCUAGCAGGGUGUAUGUCGAGGCGCCCAUCUACGACGAGUUCGUUGCCGGUUAUAAGAAGGCCAUGGAGGAGAAGCUCAAGGGUGUCGGUGACCCGGACGCUGAGGGAACUACCAUUGGCCCACUGGUGGAUAAAGCUCAAUUUGAGAGGGUUCAAGGCUUCAUUGAGCGAGGUCAGCGAGGUCAAGGGACGCUUUUGGUUGGUGGAGGUCGAGUUGGCGACAAGGGCUACUACGUCGAGCCCACGGUUUUCGAGGGCGUGGCUCAAGAUGCCGAGAUUGCUCGACAGGAGAUCUUUGGGCCAGUGUCCAUCAUCAACAAGUUCGAAACAGAAGAGGAGAUCAUUGAGAAGGCCAACGAUACCAACUUUGGACUCAUGGCCGGCAUCUUCAGUCAAGACAUCAACCGGUGCUUGAGAGUUGCUUCGGAGAUUGACAGUGGCAUGGUGGGAAUCAACUGUAUUAGCUUGAUGUUCUUGACGGCACCGUUUGGUGGUACCAAGGAGAGUGGACUAGGUCGGGAGGGCGCGAUCAACGCGCUGAGAACCUUCACGGAGCCCAAGACUGUCAUGGUGAACCUGACAUACUGA